AUGUCGGAAGGUGACACGACGAAACCAUCGACGGACGCCGUCGACGCGACGGCGGCCAAAGCGAGACCGUCGACAUGGGUCAAAUUCGACGACGAGACAGCGGACGUCGAAAAUCACAAAUUGCCGACAGUUGUCAAUAAUGAUACGGAAUCUCCUGCAGUAUUAAAUACUGAAAGUGUGCAAGUGAAUCCUGGAAACAAUAGGACGGAGCAGAACAGAUUGCCUGAUCUGCCGCUGCACGUGAAGAAUGCGCCCACGCCGCCGCCACCACAACUGACGGGAAAUAAUUCGGUUGUUUUGAAUAACAGUGCAGCCGCUCACACCAGUAUCCGCAUGGUAGCGGAUCCUGCUCCUGCACUUAGAACUAUUGAACUGUCAACGGGAAUAGUCAGACAAGGAUUUUCUAAUGGUGAUAUCGUGGUUACUUUAUUACCUGUAAAUACAAGAUGGCCCUGGGUAACUCCUGCACAAUUCAAACCAGAACUUGUACCGGAGGAACUAAUGGCACAAGGCCUCACGUUAACCGUAGAAGAAUACGUUCACGCGAUGGAAUUACUAGUAAAUGAUGUCCGGUUCACAUUAUACAAUGUUUGCUACAAGAGAGUCUUAGUGUGCUGGAUCAUGUUUGCAUUUCUGGUUCUGUUAGCAUUACUAUUUUCAGACUUGAGGGGGCUCACGUUGUUUGCCCUGGGAGUGGUGUGGCUGCUACUGAACGCAGGUGCAAUAUUCCUGUGCAUGUGGCUGAAGAUGAGGCUAGCACGUGGUCUCGAAAGGUGCUUGGCCAGGGUCAAUAAGCAGCUUAUGAGGCACAAACUAGUCGUGGCUUUGGACGAUCGAGGAAGAAUAUCAUGUCAUAAGGUAAACUUAUGUUUCAUGUAUAUGGAUGCUGGUCCAUGCAUAGCUCACCUUCAAGGUGUAAUAGAGAGAGAAGAGCAGUCAGGUGCAGGUCAUGGUGUCGGCUGGGAAGGCCGGAUGGAUGUUACUGCCAGCGAUAUUGUCAUUCAGGGCAGUACAACUACAAGACUUAGUCGGAAACAGGGUUUGGCCGAAGAGGCGUUGAUGCGCUAUUUGCAAAGAUGGGGCAAAGACUAUCUCCGCAGAAGAUUAGAUUGGACAGUAGAUGAAGAAGGAGGGAAUCCACCAAAUCCAAGACAUUUGCAAUCUGCCUUGUGUCCAUGCCAAUAUGUCCAGGAGCUGAUGGCCGACAAGGCUGCACGCAGCAGGGACAAAAGGGACUGCUGCCCUUGUUGCGCAUCUUGGCUCCGGACAAGAGGAGUAGACUGACGACGACGUAGUAAAUAUUGACACUUGGGAAAAGAUUUGGUAUCUUUUAUUAAGUCCCGAAAGAAAUUAUUAUAUACUCAAAAGGACACAAGCACACGAGAUCUGAAUUUACCGGUAUAUUUGAAUUUUUCUGGUCCCAAAGAUUUCUGCUUGAAAU